AUGAAGUACAAAGGGCAUCAGACAGAUGCCUCUGAGAUAGUGAAGUGGAACAAUGCAGCAGAGCAAGAAGCUAAGAGCACAGCAGGGUACAGACCAAAGAACCAGAUGAUGCAGGAAACAGAAGAACAAGAGAAGGACAGAUUAGACUCAGACCACAUCAGAAGAUUACAAGAACAGGCAGCACCAACAGAGAAACAGGCUUGGAUGGAAAAGGGGGCGAAAAAAGAUGAGGAAGGGAUAUGGAGAAACCAUGAAGGAAAAGUGACGGAGUUCCUGUCCGAAGCAAAAGAAGGGGAGGGUGCUUCUGUGGAAGUGGAUGACUGGCAGGAAAGAAGGGCAAGAAGGCCGAGGAGGAGGAGCAGCCUGCAGCACCUGCAGCAGCAGACGCAACAGCAACAGCAACCCCACCAGCAGCGGCGGCAACGGCUGCUGCGACAGCAGCAGCUCCGGCGGCGGCGGCAGCAACAACAGCAGCAGACUGCUGCAGCACCAGAGGAGGAGGAAGAGGAGGAGUAUGUGGUGGAGAAAGUGUUGGACCGCCGGGUUGUGAAGGGCAGAGUAGAGUUUCUGCUGAAAUGGAAGGGCUUCUCGGAUGAGGACAACACAUGGGAGCCGCAAGACAACCUGGACUGCCCCGACCUCAUCGCAGAGUACAUGCAGAAGCACAAAGAGAAGGAGGAGAAGAAGAAGGAGGGCAAGAGGAAAGUCGUCAGCGAGGCCUCGGGAGACUCAGAGGAGCGAGGGAGCAAGAGGAAGAAAGAGGAGGGGGAGAAGGCCAGAGGUUUCGGCAGAGGUCUUCAGCCAGAGAGGAUCAUUGGAGCGACGGACUCCAGUGGAGAGCUUAUGUUCCUCAUGAAGUGGAAGAACUCUGACGAGGCUGACCUGGUCCCUGCCAAGGAGGCCAAUGUCAAAUGUCCCCAGGUGGUCAUCUCUUUCUACGAGGAGCGCCUCACCUGGCACUCUUACCCCACAGAGGAGGAGGAGAAGAAAGAGGAAGAGAAAAAGGACUAGAUAAGUGGUGGAAGAGGAGGGGAGCUGGGCCGGGGGUAGGCGGUACAAAGACAGAAAAAAAAGAAAGGAAGUGUUGCGGGGCGGGAAAUCCACAGUUUGCUGGUUAACGUGUAUUUGCUGGUAAUUGAUUGUAGCGGCCACUUUGGCUGGGAUCAAACUGCCAGCGUGGCAUUUGUUUUCCCGCCCUGGAAGGAGACGGCCGUACUUUCCUCCUGCCCGUAUCUCGACUGAAAAUGUAAAAAAAAUCAGUUCUCUCUUCUCGUUUAUUUUCUACGUAACGCCGUUCUCCAAAAUCGGAACUCCCCAACGUCUGUCCGUCUCACUCCGAUGUGGGCGGUUUGACAGCCCAACCAGCCAGUGUUCACGAUGCCCAUGGCAUGUCCCAUGCUUCCUGUUUGAUUUUUUUAUAUAUAUAUCAAAACCAACAGACACGUCUAUGUUGUAUUGAGCGGCUUGUUUGAGGCUUUGUGCUCUAACCGCAGUGUUUGUUUAGUCGGUAUUGGCAAUAUCAAGUGUACAGACCUCCGGUUCAUUCCCCAGCAGCUGUGGUAGUUCCUCUCAUGACAUUUUUAGCAAUUUUAUGGAAUUACUUUUUUUUUUUUACAGAGCCACGGCUUGCCACAUUGACUCCUAGUAAAGGUUUAUAAAAUCUGCAUCCAGCAGGUUGUAUUUUCCCACACCGAUGGUGACGAGCACACUUGGGAGACUUCAGGCGUAGAUUGUUGCACAACUGUCGGUGUGGGAAUCGCCCGCACUGUCCGUCGGGAGGAUUGAGCGGUUUGUCGCUCGGCCAGUAAGUGGAGGUUUCCCCCGGUACAGGCCUGCUCAAACCAUCGGGAACGUGUGAAAUUAAGUCCUUUCCACACUUUUGUUGUUGUUUUUUAACCUUCACCCACACACUCUGCUUAAAUGUGUUUUUUUUUCUACUUCUUUUUUUUCUAGACUGUUAUUUUUAGCUUGCACUGCCCGGGCAACACUCAAGACAUGAUUAUUCAGCGCGCCCGGAGCAUUCCUUUGUCCCCCCGACUUGCUAUAUUUUGGAUAUUUGCAUAAAUGAAAGCGCAUAGCAUUUUGAACUUGGCACAAUGACCACACAAGUGUUUUCUCCCUCUUCGCUGCGUAACGCUCGUGUGUUGAAUGUUGCCCGGCGGUGCUUACUUCUAUGUAUACUGUAUUAAAACUAGCAUAGUAGCUUCCUCUGUUGGCAGACCUGGGGUCAGCUGGUUCAGCCCUUUUUGCUUUGGGUGGCCUUUUGCUGCUGAAGUUGCCCGAAGAGAGAAACUAUAUGGUAAUGGUUCCGUUUUAACACGCAUUAUAAAGAAAAACAGUUGCCUUUCUUUUCUUCAUUUGAAUGAGCCCAUAACCCUCAGCGACAUGUGAUGGAAGAAACAUUCAUACGCACAAGGGUCCAAUUCUUAACGACGCACACACUUCCACGGAGUCCUCGUCUCCUCCAGAGUCCAUUGCUCGGCUGUGAAUAGCUUGUAGGAUUUGAACUGCCGUAUAUUAGUAUCUCUAAACUGGGUUUUCACACACCUAAUAUGUUCAAUAAGCUUCCUCAAGUUAUUUAAAUUUAAUUUCUUUAGGACUUGUGUUUUGUGGGAUUCAUCCCGUGUUCAUCAGUGUUAUGAGUAUAAAGUCCUGCACACUGACUGCCUUAUGUUAUACUUCACCGUUGACAGGAAGGUAUCCAAUCGGCUGCACCCGGGUCUGCUAGUUAGCUUUUCUAUAUCGUCCCUGAAAUGUUUCUCUGUAUCUAGCGGAUGAGCUUGUGUCGUCCUGUUGCAUGUAUAUUGGUUUCACUUUUUGCGAUGUCACUGUCAUGGCCAAUCUACUUUUACUUGUCUGUUUUGAACAAUAAAGGGUUUUCGUAACAGUUUGA